UGGAAGGCAAAUAUAAACCCAAUAAGCGUUUUCGUACCCUAGAAGCGUAGUCUUCAAAUAACCCUAGCUCUCCCUUUUUGUGCUCCCUUCUCUAAAGAAACACGGUAGAGGUAGCCGUUUUUGCUUUCAGAAAAUCUACCGCAGUUUGCAGUUGAGAGGAUGGUGAGAGUCAGCGUUUUAAAUGAUGCACUCAAGAGCAUGUACAAUGCCGAGAAAAGGGGCAAACGACAGGUCAUGAUCAGGCCUUCCUCCAAAGUGAUCAUUAAGUUCCUUUUGGUCAUGCAGAAGCAUGGUUAUAUUGGAGAGUUUGAGUAUGUCGAUGAUCACAGAUCUGGAAAAAUUGUGGUUGAAUUGAACGGAAGGCUGAACAAGUGUGGGGUGAUUAGCCCUCGUUUCGAUGUGGGAGUUAAAGAGAUUGAAGGUUGGACUGCUAGGCUACUUCCUUCCAGACAGUUCGGAUACAUUGUGCUUACCACUUCAGCUGGUAUCAUGGACCAUGAAGAAGCAAGAAGAAAGAAUGUCGGUGGAAAAGUACUUGGUUUCUUCUAUUGAGACAAAUCUGAGUUCUUUUUAUUUGGUUUAUUUCUCUUCAUGUAGGACAUGGUAGUUUUCCUCAACCUAAGUUGGUGUCAAUUUAAUUUUUGUUUAUCUGGGAUUAUACCUAUGUUUUGGGUAUGGUGUUUGAGAUUACGAGUUGCUUGUUUUUUGUUGGUAAUAGAUUUCUUGCCUGUAGAAGUUUGAAAGCUUCUGCUGAUUAAUUUAGAAAUGAGAAAGUUGAUUAAAACCA